AUGGCGGCGGCGGAGCUGCGGGAGCUGCGGGAGCUGGUGGAGCGGGGGGGCGGGCGGCAGGCCGUGCUGCUGGUGGCCGAGGUGGCGGAGGGGGCUCCGGUGGCGGCCACGCUGGCCGCCUUCGCCCGCGACCUCCUGGGUGACGAGGCGCCGCCGGGGCCGGGGCCGGGGCCGGGGCCGGGGCCGGGGCCGGGGCCGGGGCCGGGGCCGGGGUGCGGGUCCCGGCGGCGGACCGCCGGCGGGCGGCGGGGGCUGAGAGCGCGGCUGCUGCUGGUGCUGUGCCGCGGCGGGGUGGCGCGGAGCCGCGGGGCCCGGGCCCGGCUGCGGGAGGUGGUGCGGGACGUUCGCGGCCGCCUGCCCCCGGUCCCGCCGCCCGCCGUCGUCGGCGUCCUCCUGCCCGGCGGGGACGGGGAGGACGCGGCGGUGCUGGACGCGGCGCUGCGGCGGCAAUUCCCGGUACCCGGUACGGUGCAGGCGGCCCGGUACGGCCCCGGUAGCCCCGCCGCCCUCCGCGCCUGCCGCGCCGCCGCCUGCCGCGCCCUGCGUGCCGCCCUGCAGCAUCCCGCAGAAGAGGGGAAGGGCAGAGAGAGGUGGAGGCUCCCAUCCUUCCUGCGGUGCAUUUCUUGGAGCCAAAGGAGCCGGAAAAAAGGUCACGAAGCAAAAGCUGCAAACAGUGUUCAUGAAGAUGACCUACAGGACCCUGAGGAAGAAGUGGCUCUGACCAGCUUGUCCCCCAAUGGAAACUACGAAGAAGCUGCUGGAGGCAUGGGCACCUAGAGCUGCUGGGUGCCCAGCACAGUCCACAUUCUGGAUCUGCCCAGUGGAUUUGGAGCAGUGGGAGGAGGAGCUGGUGCAUGCCCACUCACCCUCUCCUCCAACGACCCACAACUCCGGGAAGAAGUUGCUCAGCUUCAAUCGCCAGGGUCUUCUGUAGCUGCUGACAGCCUCUGAGGUCCGUGCCAGAGAGCCAUCCCCUGCUGUGCCCUGCUGCCCGGGGGUGCCUGGAGCUGCUACUGGACACGGGCUUCUGAGAAGCCCUUCGGGGAUGUAUCCCAUGUCCUGAGCAAGAUGACGUUGGAACUUUGAGUGUGAAAUGCAGCCACGUGCUUGAAGAAUGAGGAACACUUUCUAAUACUGAGCAAAGUUCCCUGCUGAGAUUGCUGGGGCUGGACUCCCUGGCAAACAGAUUGUGCUGCCUUGUUUUCCUGCUUUAUUGAAGCUUUGAAGUUCCCGCCCUCUCUCUGGUCAGGCUAAAAAAAAAAAAAAGACAAAUAACACAGUGGCAUGGAGAC